AUGCAGCCGAUGAUUCUCCCGGCAAAUCAGCCCGCAAAUCGAUUCUAUCGCGGUGGUGCGCAAAUUACCGCUUUUCGCUCCGAGUCGACACAACCGUGUGGCGAAUACGACCCCGAGGACUGGGUGGCAUCGACGACCUGCUGCUACGGACAGGAUACGCUUGGUUUGACCAAGCUGGACAACGGCAGGAUACUGGUGGAUGAAAUCCAGAGCCAUGCCGAACAGUGGCUCGGGCCCGACCACGUCGAGGCGUUUGGCAGCAGCACCAGGAUACUCGUCAAACUGCUCGACGCCGGCCAGCGGCUACCGGUCCAUGCGCAUCCGCACCGGGACUGGGCCAAACGCCACCUUGGCACCGCCUACGGCAAAGCGGAGUUGUGGUACGUGCUGGAACCAGGUGUGAUGCGCGUGGGUUUGCGAGAAUCGAUCACGCAAGAGCGACUCCGGGCUCUGGUCGAUGCGCAGGAUGUCGAGACAUUGGUGGCGCUGAUGCACGAGGUGCCUCUGAAGCGCCAUCAGGCCGUGUACAUCCCUCCGGGUGUGCUUCAUGCCAUUGGAGAGGGCAUGCUGAUCGCCGAGGUUCAGGAGCCGUCCGACCUGUCGGUAUUCUGUGAGUGGCGCGACUAUGCCAUCGACGGCUCGAAGGACGGUCACCUCGGGCUGGGGUUUGAUGUGGCCUUGACCGCAGUCGAGACCUCGGGGAGAACUAAUGAGGACAUCGCGGCUCUGAUCACAGAUCCUGAUACCGAGGGUCCUCUUGCUAGUCACCACACCGGGGAGUAUUUCACGGUUGAGCGGCAUAACGUGGUGGGUUCGGCUUCGCCCGAGUCGUUUGCACCGGGAUUCGCCAUCAUCAUCGUCUUCGAAGGCGACAACCUGCAGAUGACGACCACCGCCGGGGGAAGUGCAGCUCUAGCCCUACGCAAGGGCAACACCAUUGUUGUUCCAUACGGUGCGGGUAGCUUCCAAUUGAAGGGUAGUGGGAGCGUCAUCAUUGCAAGGCCGCCGCGCCCAUAG